GCGAUUCUCGUGCGGUGCAGCACGCGUGGUGCCUCUCUCCGGCCUAUGACCCUUUCGCUCCAUCUCUGAGCCGCCCGGAAAUUGAGUGUCCGAACCGCCGUUACAGUGAAAAAGAUGGACUACGAGCGCAUGCCGCUACUGAAGCGCGUACUGGUCUCCCUCUGCAUGACACUCUUGUACGUUCUACGCCUACUCUCAGACUAUUUAGCGUUCCCUGCUCUGAGCGCCUUCAAAAGCGGCCGCUCGAAGCUCCAGCCAAGAGUAGAUGAGAAGAUUCUGCUCAUGAGCGCAAGCGAUCUCGCCGAGAAGAUCCGAUCUGGCGAGUUGAGCAGUCAUCAGGUUGUUUUGGCUUUCGUGAAGCGCUUGCGAGAAAUAGAUCCUCUCUUGAAUGCUGUCACCGAUGAGAGGUAUCGUGCCGCACUCAGCGAGGCGAAGAAGGUGGAUGCCGAGCUAAAAGAAUGUAGGUCAGACGAGGAGGCACUUCAGAAGAUAAAACUGCAGAGACCAUACCUAGGUGUACCGAUAACGACGAAGAAUGCUUUAGCUGUCAAAGAUCUCGGGAAUGAAGCUGGCUUGUAUCUCAAGAAAGGCACGAAAUCUCCCUCGGACUCCUAUGCGAUUUCCGUCAUGCGAGCAAGCGGGGCGAUCCCACUUGCGGUGACGAACACGCCUGAAAUGUGUCUGUGGAUGGAAAGCAACAACAAACUCUUUGGAAGGACCUCGAACCCCUACAACCUAUACCGAACGUGCGGUGGAUCGAGCGGUGGUGAAGGCGCAAUACUGGCGAGCUGCGGUUCCCCGUUCGGAAUCGGUACAGACAUCGCGGGAAGUAUCCGUGUACCCGCUGCAUACAACGGAGUUUUCGGCUUGAAACCGACCAUAAACACCGUCGACAUGACUGGUCACUACCCGAUGCCAAAGGAUAUAUUGUACCCCCUUCUGAUCGCUGGGCCGAUGUGCAAGUACGCGAAAGAUCUCCGACCUUUCCUCAAAGCUCUGGUGGGACCUGAAACCGCUAAGCGAAUGAACUUAGACUCGAGGCCUAGUCUACGCAAGCUCAAGGUUCUCCACCUUGGAGAUUUCCAUUCGAGCAUCAUCACCCCAGUGAAGAAGGAAAUAGCCCAACGCACAAAAUCAGCAGCGCUCCAUUUAGCCUCUCUGAGCAAGUCGGAUUCCCAAUCAAUCGUGAUUCCCAAAAUCGCUCAUGCGUUCGAAAUUUAUAUGACCUACAUGACCAAGGCGAAAUGUCCACCGUUGGCAGAAGAGCUGGCUAUGCUAAAGGGUAGCAUAUCACUCAAGAGAGAAACGGUGAAGUACUUAAUCGGACGAUCCAAACACACGAUGCCGGCUCUCUUCGUCGCGUACUUAGAAAAGUUGGUGCAAAACUCAAAAGACUCGUCGCUUGUGAAAGAUUUUUACCGGAUGAGUUUGGAUUUGCAGGCCGAGGUUGAGACUUUGUUGGGGGAAGACGGCAUUCUCGUUUGUCCCACCCUGCCCGAUAUAGCGCCAUACCACGGACUGACGAUUCUGAGACCGUCUAUCCUCGCGCAUACAGGCAUUUGGAAUAUUUUGGGUUUCCCUGCCGUCUCCGUGCCCAUGGGUCUAUCGAAGAAAGGCAUGCCUAUAGGUGUCACCGUGGUCGCCGGUAAAUUCAAGGACAACAUUUGUUGCGAGGUAGCCUUGGAGCUCGAAAGGCAAUUCGGAGGAUGGGUGCCGCCUUUCGAGACUUCGAUCGAAAACUGGGCUUCUCUAAAAGAACAGAUACUGCUGUGAGAAGGUAGCGAAGGAGAACGAGAGGUUGCUGGGGUCGUUUGGAGAAACGCUGAAUGUUCCUACCUAGUCUCCAUGAGUGCCCAUAGCUCCAUCUCGCCUGGAAUCUUAGCCUAAGAUGGGGAGAAACGUACAGAUUAAUAAUUCCUAAGCCAACAGGCCCUUUGUGAGAAAACGGGUCUUUGUGUAAAGUGUUCACGUAUCCCUCAUUCAUAAAAUGACAUACAUCAUAUUUCGGGUUUCGGAUGUUCCGCUGACCGACCAUCGACGAGCUUACCGUAUUCCGAACGAAUCUGUUCGGAAGCGAUGAAACCUUGAAGGAGGAGCUCAUUGUCAUCCGAAACUGCGGCUUUAUAGAAUGAGCUUCCCCCUGACCUUCGCUCAAUCGUUUCAAUCAAUAAAGACUAUCGCACGAAUGAGAGUUCCUUA